AUGUACAUGAAUAGGGGCAAUGGGAUUGGCAAAGGUUCUCGUCCUGGUUGCAGCCAUCGGACCUCCUCCGUAUCUUCGCGAUUCUCCCUCCUCAAACAUGGGCUGGACACGAUAGGCUGUUUUGGGACUGGCCAUCUAACGAUCCGCUCCGCAUACACCUCUUUGACUCUAGUUGUUCUCGCGAUAGAGAGGCUCUUGACGAACGAUGAACGACAUAGGCGCCACCUAGUGGAUAGUCCGCUAUGCGAGCUCGGUAGAUCUCACCCGGAAUCGAUACUUAACGUGCUACGAGACUCCGAUGUUCUGUGCCAAUUUUGGAAGAAGUUGGUGCCUCGCUCUAGUUGGGGAGUGUUUUUUGGCAUGGAACUGGAUAAGUGGUUGGAAACAAAUUUGUCUAAUCAACUGAAUAUCCUAGAUGAGAGCUGGGAUUUCACGUUUGGCGUCAACCUGUGGCGUCUUUGGCACCGCCGGAAUAACUUCAUUUUUAAUGGUACCGCCCCCUUGGUUGACGGGGCAAUGGGAUUGGCAAAGGUUCUCGUUCUGGUUGCAGCCAUCGGACCUCCCCCGUAUCUCCGCGAUUCUCCCCCCUCAAACGGGGGCUGGACACGAUAG